AAAUCAGUCUUCUGGCAGCACAAUGUGGCUGUCAAAUUCAAUGAUCGUUAUUUUGUUCUUAUUCGCAACGUUCAGUGUCGACGCCAAUUACUUCGGGACAAGCAACGAUAACGACGACCAAUGUUUCUGUAAGCUCAAAGGAUCCAUAGAUGACUGUAGCUGCAGCGUGGAUACAGUCGAUCAUUUCAAUAAUAUGAAAAUAUAUCCGAGGCUAAGGAGUCUAUUGGUAAAGGAUUACUUCAGAUUUUACAAAGUCAACUUGAAACAAGAAUGUCCUUUCUGGUCAGAUGACAGCAGAUGUGCGAUACGCUACUGCCACGUAGAACCAUGCCAAGAUGAAGAUAUACCAGCUGGAUUGAAAGGAGACGUAUCUAGGCAUAAUCAUUACAAUGAAAGUCCAGCCGAUAAGUACAGUGCUCCUAGACCAGUAGGAGACUGUGAAAGAAGUUCUCAAGACCAUAACAAAGAGCUUGGAUAUUUGAACACGACCAUUAGCGUAAAAAAUUAUGAGGAAUUCGAAAUGUGGCAAAAGCAUGACGACGCUGUCGAUAAUUUCUGUGUGAGUGAAACAAGUCCUGGUGAAUAUGUUGAUUUGUUGCUGAACCCUGAAAGGUACACAGGCUACAGGGGCCCCAGUGCUCACAGAAUAUGGAGGAGUAUCUACAUGGAAAACUGCUUCAGGCCCGAGAAGUCGACCCGCAACUUUGUACAAUCAUCAAAGAUGAACGGAAUGUGCUUGGAGAAGAGAGUCUUCUAUAGAGUUGUAUCAGGCUUACACUCGAGCAUCAACAUUCACUUGUGCUCCAAGUAUUUAUUGUCAGAAAAGGACAGCUUGGAAACUGUGUCAGCUGGCGCUCAAUGGGGUCCAAAUUUAUUGGAACUGCAGAGGAGAUUUUCUCCGGAAACAACUGGGGGUGAAGGACCAACUUGGCUGAAAAAUUUGUAUUUCAUUUAUCUACUUGAAUUACGAGCAUUGGCAAAGGCGGCGCCUUAUUUAUUGAGAGAAGAAUAUUAUACUGGUAAUGAUGAGGAUGACCGUGAUACCAGAUUGGCUGUUAAUGACUUCUUGAAUGUCGUAAGGUCAUUUCCUGAUCAUUUCAACGAAAGUGUUAUGUUCAAUGGAGGAGCACAGGAUAAGGCGUUGAAAGAAGAGUUUAGACAACAUUUUAGAAAUAUAUCAAGGAUUAUGGACUGCGUCGGUUGCGACAAGUGCAAACUGUGGGGAAAGUUACAGAUCCAUGGAUUAGGAACGGCAUUGAAAAUCUUAUUUUCUGGAAAGUUUGAUAGAUGGGAACCAACGUUGAAUCAUAUUACCAAGCAACAGUUCUAUCUUGAGAGAAGUGAAAUAGUUGCGUUGAUCAAUGCUUUUGGAAGGUUGUCUGACAGUGUUUUCGAACUGGAAAUGUUUCGACAAAUGAUGAGAUAGCACAAUGAUGACCUUGAGAAGUGAAUAUUUUUAUUGGCUUUUUUCCAGACUUAAACAUCACACGUAGAUUCUAUAAUAUUAAUAAUAAUGUCAGAAUAGCUUUGAAUAAUAUAGGUAUAUUAAGUACACAUUGCAGUCACAAAAAUAUGUUAAUUUGAUCAGGUGUAACAUGUGUUUUGCACGGAUGGACAUUCCUGUAGUGAACGUUGAUAGAGUUCAAUUUCGUUAUAACGCUUUCUAGGUAUAUGUAUCUUCAAUUCGUUAUAAGUGAGAAAAUGCAAUACGCGGGUGUAAAAAGUAGAGUUUAAGAAAUUUACCAACGGCAAUUAGCGCACAAUUCUAAUCGUAUUUGAGACUGUUGUAACUUGGGAUUUCCAGGGGUUUUGGAUUUUACAAAAAAUUACGAUUUAGUACGGGAAACGUUGGAUGCAAGAGCGUUAUAACAAGUUAACGAUGAGAAAUCUUAUCUCUACAAAUUGAAUCAAUUGGAGCUCUCUGCAAUAUUUUUAUGAUUAUUCCUAAGUUUCGUUUCUUUUACUAAUGAAAGUGUUUGGGGAAACAAACAUCACUCUUCAGAAGUAGGAACAAAAAGAUGUAAGUCCUGUAAUAAGUUGAAUGGGUAACAGGAGACGUCAGACUUGAGCAUUCUAUUUCUUAUGCUACUGUUACACUGACAAUGAAUGAAAGCAUAAUGUAUCUGUAAAAUAAUCUAUCUCUACUGUCUGUGAUACAUACUUUCCUCCGGUGGGUAUAAUAGGCGUAACGAUUAUCGGUGUAUUAUACAAUGUACAUUCUUACCGUUUAUAACUGUCCGAUUUCAAAAUAGUAGGCUCAACGCAUAUAUCGUUUUUCCAUUUAGAAAAGUUAUUAUUCAUAACGAAUGAUUUGUUCCAUAAACAGUACAUAUAGUAUAAUUAUAAUAUCAAAGCCCGGACUUGAUCUCUGAACAAAUAUGAAACAUGAGACACGAAAACGGCUGAUGUAGCUAUGUAAAUGACUGUCAAUAUUACAUGCAUAUUAUGGAGCAGACAAUGUAGAAAUUAGAUAUUAAAAUUAUGAAAUCCCAUAUUUUAACCAACCUAGUUUCAACGGAAUUGCAUAGUUGAGACUACAAGCUAAAACGAUAUACCUCCGUAUAUUUCAAAACAUUGAAAAGUUAAGAAUUUUUAUUGUUGUAUACAUAUUAUACAAUACAAGAUUUGAAUGAGACUUAAAGAAUUUUUACCAAUCUAUUAUGAGCAGAGUUCUUUGAUUAACGCCAUGGUGAAGUCGUUUAUUAUUUGGUAUACACAUAUUUGUAGAAAUUUAUUUAAGAUGUUUACAAUAAUUUAGUAAAACUUUCUACCUGCGUUAUACUUCAAAUGUAGGUGAAAAUUUCGGAAUUGCAUAUUGUUAUAUUAUAUAUAUAUAUAUAUUAUAGUCGAACAAAGUGAAAUAUUUAUUGCAAUUUAAAGUU